AUGGAGGAGGAGCUAUCUGUUGAAGAUAGCAUAAUUGCGACGCGUGCAAGACGUUCCAAUGCCGGAAACCGGCUGAGAUCACUGCUAGAGGCUGAAGAGCCUUUGGAAGAUGAGGAGAAUAUCUUUAUGGAGUUUGAAGAUGACCAGGAGUUUGAAAUUAAAGAGGAUGAAGACGAUGGGGAAGACGGAGAAGAUGAUGAAGGAGAAGAUGACAGCGGUAAUGAAGGCUUAGGUGAUACUGUAGAUGUUGAUGAAGCAGCUUUGAAUGGAUCGCAGAGUCAAGAUAGGCAUAUGAAAAACAAGAGAUCGCAUGAUGAAGUAGACGGCGACGCAGAUGAUUCUAAUUUCAGUGAUUCUGAUGACAGCUCUAUUGAGGGUGGUGACUCAGAUGAAGAUGAGGGUGAAAAAGAACUCCAAAGGAGAAAUCGCGAAGAAAAGCGCCAACAGCAAAAACUGAAACAGAAGAAAAUGCUCCAAUUACCGACAUUCAAACAACCUAAAGCGCACACUGUUCAGAAGGCGCCGAAGCUCAAGAAACAGUUUGCGCCAUUGAGUGAAAAUCUACUAGCAACACAUCGAAGAGUUUCGAAACGUGAAGCGACCGUUCGAAAUAAGCAAGAUAUCAUUGAACGGCUUCAAGAACAGGAGGCUCGUAAAGCUAAUUAUGUUGCUCCAGUGGUGAAAAAGGUUCGAAAAAUGACACAAGAAGAAAAGUUAGCUGAAGCGAAAAUUACUGAGGAGAAGAACACGGCUUCUUUGAAUUAUUUUUUUGCCCAAGAAGAGGAGAGAAAACAAAGACGAAGGGCUGCAAUGCUUGCCAAACGAGUUCCAAUGAAAUCGUUCAUUCGAUAUAUUAGCGCAACAAAGCUGAUCCCCCCUAAACGAAUAUUUAACCGCCGGGCACCAAUUACUGUAUUUCAUGAUAUGGGAAAGGAAAAGGCAAUCCAGGUUAUCAGCGAAGAUUGUAAACUUGAACGGAAGGACGAGGAAAAUUUGAAAGGCGACAACUUAAACAGUGACACGACGGACGAGCAUAAAGCUAGUGAUUAUACCGCUAAGAAGGAUAAAGGAGAUGACGGAGUCAUGGGCUCAGGAACCGCAGAUCAAAGUGAAGGAUCGGGUACAGGAAUUGAUGGAGGUAGCGUCACCGAGCCAAUGGAUGAUAGAAUGGAAGUUGUUCAAAAUCAUGAUAAAUCAAAAGUACAAUUUAUAUAUAGGACAUCUGAUUCUGUAUUAGACGGAAAUAUUGAUGCAUCGGAUAAGAAUCCUUCUGAACCUCAACCUCGGAUUAUUGAGAACCAGCCUAGCCACGUCAAGUCCAAGGUAGAAAUCGUAGAUGUGGAGAAAGACUUGGAAGCUGACCCCAGUCUUGAGACAGUUGAACAGUCUAAGGAUAUCCUGAUGCAAGAUUCUAAAGACGUGGGUAGCUUGGGAUUGACCGGACAACAAGACGACUCUAAGGAAUCAGAGCCAAUUACUUUCGAAGCGUCAGGACAAGAGUCUAACGAGAAGCUCCAAACCGACAAAGAUAUAAAGGAAGACUCAAAGACUGAUGUUGAGAGUGAUGAAGUUAGGGUUAAAAUUGAGGAUGAGAAUGAAGAACCUGAAGAUGUUGAUGUGCCGAAGAUUUUGAAGUUACAGGGUCCUUAUUCAAUACGUUCAAAAAACACUAUCAGUUUAGUUAAUUUCCCAGAAUCAACUGAUCUCAGUGACACUAAAACGAAAGUCAUUCUUUUUGGACCAGCUUCUCUCACCAGACCCCAUCCUCCUAAGCAUCGGGGUCCAUGUGCAGUAACGGGCCUUCCAUCCAAAUACAUGGAUCCACAAACAUCCAUCCCAUACUCAAGUAUGGAGGCAUACAAAAUCCUUAGUCUUGUUAAGAGAGGAUUUUUGACAUGGAAUUGCGAAUUUGGAGGUUUAUACACAGGACUGCGAGAUAGUCAACGCCAUGCCAAUGGCGUACCAGAAGGAUUUUCAGGCUAG